UUACCAACACUCCUCCUCUUUAGACCAAACUCCGCCUCUCUCUUCCCCCAAAUUCAAAAGGGGGCGAAAAAAGGGGGGAAAAAAAAUCAAAUUUUUAUCUAAAUUCUCAAAUCGAAGGCAAGAGAUCGCAAGAAAUCUCCGAUCUUUGCCCUAGGACUCGAGAAAUUGUUGGAUCUGGUUUAUAAAUAGCCACGAUAUUGGGAGAACUAAAAAGGUGGAGUUGUAUUCGUUUAAAUUUCCAUUUAGGGCAUGGCAUCAGCUAGUGUGGUGCAUUCAUCAGGGUUGAAAAAUAUAAAUGGUAAUAAUAUUGGCAUGGACAAGUUGCCGGAGGAAAUGAAUGAUAUGAAGAUAAGAGAUGAUAAGGAAGUUGAAACUGUAGUUGAUGGAAAUGGUACAGAAACUGGACAUAUAAUUGUAACAACCAUCGGCGGGAGAAAUGGUCAGCCGAAACAGACUAUAAGCUACAUGGCAGAGCGCGUUGUUGGUCAUGGAUCCUUUGGAGUUGUCUUCCAGGCGAAGUGUCUGGAGACAGGGGAAACAGUUGCAAUUAAAAAGGUUCUUCAAGACAAGAGGUACAAGAACCGUGAGCUGCAGACCAUGCGACUCCUUGAUCAUCCCAAUGUUGUUGCUUUGAAACACUGCUUCUUUUCAACAACAGAAAAGGAUGAGCUGUAUCUUAACUUGGUUCUUGAAUAUGUACCUGAGACUGUUCACCGUGUGAUUAAACACUACAACAAGAUGAACCAACGUAUGCCGCUAAUCUAUGUCAAACUUUACACGUACCAGAUUUGUAGAGCAUUGGCUUACAUCCAUGGUAGCAUUGGGGUGUGCCACAGGGACAUCAAGCCACAAAACCUUCUGGUUAACCCACAUACCCAUCAGCUGAAGUUAUGUGACUUUGGAAGUGCAAAAGUUUUGGUGAAAGGAGAGCCAAAUAUAUCUUACAUUUGCUCUAGAUACUACAGAGCUCCUGAGCUUAUAUUUGGUGCUACUGAAUACACUACAGCAAUUGAUAUUUGGUCUGCUGGUUGUGUUCUAGCUGAGCUCCUUCUAGGACAGCCUUUGUUCCCUGGAGAGAGUGGAGUGGACCAGCUUGUUGAAAUAAUCAAGAUCUUAGGUACGCCGACAAGAGAAGAAAUUAAAUGCAUGAACCCUAACUACACAGAAUUUAAGUUUCCACAGAUUAAAGCUCACCCAUGGCACAAGAUCUUCCACAAACGAAUGCCACCAGAAGCUGUGGAUCUUGUCUCCAGGCUUCUUCAGUACUCCCCAAAUUUGAGAUGCACUGCUUUGGAUGCGUUAGUUCAUCCAUUUUUUGAUGAGCUCCGAGACCCAAACACCCGCCUACCAAAUGGACGGUUCUUGCCUCCACUCUUUAACUUCAAGGCACACGAGUUGAAGGGAGUUCCAGCAGAGAUACUAGUGAAGCUCAUCCCUGAACAUGCAAGAAAGCAGUGCCCUUUCUUAGGUUUGUGAGACGACAGGCUGGGUCUCUACUAAAGGAGAGAAGCAUGCUCUUGUGAAGUUAGCAGCUUGCGUGUUGAACUCCUGAAUGCUUUCUAUGUCGCCAUUUUUCUUGUUUUACUGCGUGUACGUUGGUGAUCCUUGUUAUGUAAAGCAAAUGCAGAAGCGUGUCUUCUGAUGUAUCGGAAUCUUGAUGUGCCUGCUAACUACCGAAAGAUGUAACAUUAUAUAGAGGAGAAAAUAUUGCUUUUAUUUAGCCUGUUAGUUUCGGUUAUAUGAGACCACUAUGUUCAGCAAGCCUUAAUAGAUGUGCGUGACUCGAGAUUGGAUUGCAGUUUC